UUCGCCCGCUUGAACGCGCCCCGUGUGUACAGAGCAAAACUGCCCAUCAAGUCGCAGCUUGGACCGACAGAGAGUUGGACGGACGGACGGGAGGACAGCGGCGGCUUCAUGGAGUUUGAGGAGUCCGGUAUCGGAGAAGAGUGCGGGGUGUUCGGAUGCGUCGCAGCGGGAGAUUGGCCCACUCAGCUGGAAGUGGCGCAGGUUUUAACGCUGGGACUAGUGGCGUUACAACACAGAGGUCAAGAGAGCGCUGGGAUUGUAACAAGUAAUGGAGCGAGCCCCCCUACGUAUGCCACACAUAAGGGUAUGGGAUUAGUGAACACUGCUUUCCCACCCGAGGCUCUCCUGAAACUGCGCCAUGGUAACCUGGGUAUUUGUCAUACACGUUAUUCAACCACGGGGAUCUCGGAGCUGCAGAACUGCCAGCCCUUUGUGGUGGACACGCUGCAUGGCAAGAUCGCUGUGGCGCACAACGGGGAGCUGGUGAAUGCCUCAGCCCUGCGGAAGAAGGUUAUGCGUCACGGAGUGGGCCUCUCCACCAGCUCCGACAGCGAACUCAUCACCCAGCUGCUGGCACUGACUCCACCUAUGGAGGAGCUGGACUCUCCGGACUGGGUUGCCAGAAUUAAAAACCUCAUGACUGAGACCCCAACGUCGUACUCUCUGCUGGUCAUGUACAAAGAUGUUAUUUAUGCGGUGCGGGACCCGUAUGGAAAUCGGCCCCUCUGCAUCGGACAGCUGGUUCCCAUCUCUAAACUGCACAGUACAGGAGAAGGGAAGGAGGAGGACACCGAGGGCUGGGUUGUGUCUUCAGAGUCAUGCAGCUUCCAGUCGAUUGGCGCCAAGUAUUACCGAGAGGUCUUACCCGGAGAAAUCGUGCAGAUCUCCAGGCACGGCAUCAAGUCUCUCACGGUCGUCCCUCGGCCCGAGGGAGAACUCCCAGCCUUCUGCAUUUUUGAAUAUGUUUAUUUUGCCAGGCCAGAUUCGAUUUUCGAAGGUCAGAUGGUCUACACCGUGAGGCAGCGCUGUGGUCGCCAGUUGGCCAUUGAGGCUCCGACAGAUGCGGACGUGGUCAGCACUGUUCCGGAGUCUGCCACCCCUGCCGCUCUCGGCUACGCUCAGCAGUCUGGGCUUCCGUACAUAGAGGUCCUGUGCAAGAACCGCUACGUGGGGAGAACGUUCAUUCAGCCGAAUACGCGCCUGAGGCAGCUCGGAGUGGCCAAGAAGUUCGGAGCUCUGACAGACAACUUUGCAGGGAAACGCGUGGUGCUUAUAGAUGACUCCAUCGUCAGAGGAAACACCAUCUCGCCCAUCAUUAAACUGCUGAAGGAAGCUGGUGCAACAGAGGUCCACAUCAGGGUGGCGUCCCCUCCAAUUAUGUUUCCUUGUUACAUGGGCAUUAAUAUUCCUACAAAGGAGGAGCUUAUUGCCAACAAGCCCGAGUUCCAGGACAUCGCUGGUUAUAUUGGUGCUGACAGUGUUUCGUACCUGUCUGUGGAGGGUCUGGUAUCAGCCGUCCAGGAGGGGAUUGCUUUCCACCAGGAGAAGGACAAGAUCGACUCCAGUAACCAGUCCAGCAAGAGCGUGGGCCACUGCACUGCCUGCCUGACUGGGAAAUAUCCAGUGGAGCUGGAGUGGUAG